AUGUGUUGUCAAGAGAGAGAAGUAUUAAAUGUAAAGGAGGUGGAACUGUUCAAAGCUGUUGAUCGCUGGGCCACAAAGGAGAGCGAAAAAGAAAUUCGAAUAGCCCCCAGUAAUGGAGAAGGCACCAGAAAAAGGCACUAAAUAGGUUCUUUGAUUCUCACCCGCGCACAAGAUGGAUGCAUUGAUGCUACGUGAACUGUUACAUUUCUUUAAGUGCAAUAAUUGCAAGAAAGAAAGGUUCUAUGUACCCCUUCUCCCGUCCCAGACCUCCCCCCAUCAAUCCCUUCUAUCAUUCAGCGUUGGGAAUUAUUACAUCACGGGCGACGAGCGGGGGAAGAAGAAAUGAUCGAAAUACGAAUGGUCAGUGGGGAAACAACGUUAAUACUUCAUAUAGAGACAUAUCAAUUGUAAAAAUGGUGAAAAUGGUGUUGUAAAGCCGAAAUGUCGACAGGAAACUUCGCUAAAUAAAAUGUUAAGCAAUUUUUCAAAAGUGUUGAUUGCACAAAUAUCUUUUAUUGCUGUAAUAAACAAUGGAGGCAUUGGAAAGGGUAUCGGUGGCAUCCGGAAGGGCAUCAAGAAGAAUCAUAUUUACGUUUUGUAACUUACAGCGUAACGUGCGUGGCGAAAAAAGAAAACCAAAACCGUGGCCCCCAAAUAAUUCUCACACCUUGCCCCAAAAAAUGUUUAAAUUUUUCGCAACUUCUCCUGUUCCUAUUGGUAGGUCUGGCCAAGCCUUUAUGGUCAUUAGCCCCCGUAUAGCCGCUAACUAUGGCUUAUAAAUACAGGCGUUUAGUGUUACUUGUAAAACUCCCCGAAAAAGUUUUCGAUAGUUAGACGAAACGCGUCGGAGAAUAAAGCAGUUUUACAACUACUGUUCGCAGAGUGUUGCUCACCAGUUUAGUUUUAAACACUAUUUUAAAAAAUUAGUUGCGAUAGCUGAGGCCAGUUUUUCCAUGCAAGUCGUCUGGAUAUACCUUCGCUGAGACGCCUACACAACAUUUCUUAUUUAACUUAUUGGAACUCUUUACCUAAUUUUGCUAUGUCAGCUUCCAGUUUGAAUUCCUUCAGAUCUCGAUUACUGAAUUAUCCCUGUACAUAGUUUUGUUUUGUUAUCUUGAAAUGAGAUUUAUUCAGAUUUUACUUUUUGUUCAUUGUUCAGUUGUUUCUCUAGCUUCUUUCUUAUACAACGUAUAGUUAUUUAUAUUAGCCUUGGAGAGCAGUUUUUAUAUGGGAAUUCAGUUUCUCCUAUUGCUUUCCUUUACCUAUUGUACUUUUAUAUGGUAAUUAAGAUUUAAUGAAUAUUACAUAGUUAUUGUUAGUUAUUAAUAUUGUUGUGGUUUUUAUUAGUAGUUAUUGUAUAGUAGAAUUUUGUACAGUGGUAAAAAGCAUCAUUAAACUUGUUAAACUUUCACCUGCCGUUCGGUUCGGACGUUAAGUUUUCAUUCUAAGUGCAUUUGUUAAAUUGAAUAGGAAAAAAAAACACUUCGAACGGAAAACAGAAUUAUUUUAACGUCUGGAUCUUUUGGACAAAGGUCUCCUAAACGAGUGGCCUUGAUUAUAAAUAUUUAAGCAUGGUUAACAUAUUAGCCUUAACUUGUCUGUUUCUCGAAGCUCAGAGUUUUCUUACUUGCCUUUUUCCACGUGAAAUGGGGCGAUUGAAUUUACAUAAUAAACACUAAAAGAACUACAGCUGAUGGAAAUAUUAAAUUUCUUAUCUUAGGCUGUGGAUAUAAACUUUUUAAUGACUCUAAAAAUAUAAAAAUCGCGAACAAAAUUUUUGUAGAGUUGCUUAGCUUUUCAUUUUUCCGGAAUCGAAAGUCGAUAUUGCAAAAUUCAAGUGAAAAGCAAGCCAACUGUGAUUAACGCCUCAAACAAGGCAAGAUACUUUUUUUUCGUCAUACAAUAAGUUACAUAUCGUAAAUAUCAUUCUUCUUGAUGCCUUUCCCGAUGCCUCCGUUCGUUAAUAUAGCAGCAAAAAUUUCGUUCCAGUCAAAGCGUUUGGAAAAUUGCUCAACUUUUUAAGCAGCGAAGUGUAACUUGGUAACAUUUUGGCUUUACAACACGAUUGUUUUCUGCAAGUUACAAAACGUAAAUAUGAUUCUUCUUGGUGCUUUUCCGAAUGCCAGUGAUGCCUUUUCCGAUGCCUCCAUUGUUUAUUACAGCAGUAAAAGAUAUAUGUACAAUCAAUACUUUUGAAAAAUUGCUUAACAUUUUAUUUAGCAAAGUAUAAUGCUAACAUUUUGGCUUUACAAACACUAUUGUUUUCUGCAACUACAACUGAUAUGUCUCUAUAUAACGUAUUAAAGUUGUUUCCCCGCUGACCAUUUGUAUUUCCAACAAUUUUUUCUUCCCCCGCUCCUCGCCCGUGAUGCAGUAACUCUCUUCAGCAUUGAGGACCGAUUAUGGAUGCAAAAAGAUGAUAGAUGCGUAAUACGUCAGUAAACCUGCUAUAUUUCUUAUUUCGAUAGAAUUUUCAGAUUGAUCAAACGGCAAUAUUAUUCAAACCCUUGUAAUAUAUUAGGUUAAAUGAAACCGUUCGAUUAUCGUAACUUCAUGAGCAGAGACGUGGACAACCUGGAAACGAGGAAUUAACUCUCUUGCGUGACUCGAGGGACAAAUGUGACACGUCAACAACUCACGGCAAAGGUUGAUAGUAUUCAAUAGAGUUUGAUUUGUGAAGAGAACUGAGAGCAAAACCUAGCAAUGGCAGCUGAAGAUAAUUGGCAGACGAAGCUUCCGACUCUCGUCGAAAGAACUGCGUUCAUUUUCAACAGCGAGAUAUUGAGCGAUGUGAAGUUUGUCGUUCCUAUGUCGAUUGGUGAAAGUGAAAGUAAGAAGGUGAUCCCAGCUCACAAGUUUGUGCUCGCAAUCAGUAGUCCUGUGUUCUUUGCCAUGUUCUAUGGUCAAAUGGCGGAGACUAAAGACUCUAUUGAACUGCCUGACUGUGACUACGAGAGUCUGUUGGAGUUGUUUCGUUUCUUGUACACCGACAAAGUAAAUUUAAGCGGAAGUGAUGUGAUGCAAGUACUGUACUUGGCGAACAAAUACAUGGUGUCUUCGCUCGCCGAGAAAUGCGUAGAAUGUCUUCGAGACAACCUGAAAGCAUCAAAUGUGUUUUUCAUUCUGCCGCACGCUCAGAAAUAUGAAGAUAAAGAUUUGGAAGAUCGAUGCUGGGAAGUGAUUGAAAAGCAGACGGAAGAAGCUGUGACUUCAGAUGGAUUUAUUACAGUUGAGCGAUCUAUUGUUGAAUCUGUUGUGAAGCGAGAGGAGUUGAGCGUAACGGAACUAGAACUGUUUAAGGCAGUCGAUCGCUGGGCCACAGCAGAAGUCCAAAGGCAAGGAUUUACUCCUGAUGGAAAGACAAAGAGACGAAUUCUUGGGGAGGACAUUGUUAAAGCAAUACGAUUUCCAUUGGUACUCAUGAAGGAUUUUAUGUCAGUUGUAUUUGAUUCUGAUAUUCUCACUUUUCACGAGGUUGGAAACAUGAUGAAACAUUACAGCGGCGUUUUAAAAUACCCUUUGUUAUUUAAGGAUACCGCAAGGAGCCUUUUGUUCCGAUUUAAUCGAUUUCCAAAGUUCUUUCCUCCAGCUCAUAAAAGGGGAAUUUGGUCAUACUCGGGUGGAACUGACAGUAUCGAAUUCACAACAAACAAGCCAAUCUUGCUCCAUGGUGUUCAGUAUUUUGGCUCAGACGGUGGCAAGUAUACUGUUUCAACCAAAGUUAAAGUUUCAGCCCACGAUUCUUGUCUCGGAAAGGAAUCAGGAACAUACUCUUCCAUAAAGGAAGAGACUAAUAAUUAUCAUGGCUUCGAUGUAAUGUUUGAUCCGCCAAUUCGUUUGGAGGCUCAUGAAAGGUAUAGGCUUGUGUCGCUUAUCAAGGGUCCUUUAUCAUGGCAUGGAGAAGAGGGAGUAACGUCUUUUGAAUCGAAAGGAGUGCUGGUCAAUUUCAUGAAGUCAGUAGAGAGUGCCAAUGGGACUUCGGAAACGAGUGGCCAAUUUCCAGCUUUCAUAUUUAGUACUUGUCAGGCAUAAAUAAUUGGAAAUUAGUUUUGAAUUGUUUUUGCUGCUAAUAGUUGAUGAAGUUAAAAAUUAUUGAAUACGUAGCGUACUUUUAUUCGUUGCGACCUUGUAAGUGUUCAGAAGUGAAUUAAGUGCUACGACGGAAUAUUGGAAUGCUUUUGAAAUGUUUCACCUAUUACUUAAGUUGUAACAUUAAACAAUAAUGACAAUCUGAAAUAAAAAUAAACCUUCGAACAGUUGUUGUAUCGUCAGCCAGAAAUUAGAUGGAGAAUCCCCCCGGUAAAUAAAAGCUUUACUUUGAGACCAUUUAGUAUUCUCGGGGUGGGGGGGAUGGGGGGGAGUGGUUGCAGGAUUUAGGGGAUCACAAGAUUUUCAGGGAGAAUGGAGGGGGGAUCUGUCGUCGCUAACAGAGUAGAAAGAGGGGACUAUAGAGAAUUGACUGCCAAUAAGGGGUAUCAUCAGAAUAAUACAGAGCUUUACGGGGGGUGGCGGAGGUGAUGGCAGGAUUUAGAGGAUCACAAGAUUUUUAGGGAGAAUGGAGGGGGGAUCUAUAGCCAAAAUUAAAGAGGGGACUAUAGAAAAUUGAAUGCCAAUAAGGGGUAUCAUCAGAAUAAUACAAGCCUUUAGAGUGGGGGGGGGUUGGUUGCAGGAUUCUGGGGGAUCACAAGAUUUUCAGGGAGAAUGGAGGGGGGAUCUGUCGUCGCUAACAGAGUAUAAAGAGGGGACUAUAGAAAAUUGAAUGCCAAUAAGGGGUAUCAUCAGAAUAAUACAGAGCCUUUAGAGUGGGGAGGGGGGGGGGUUGGUUGCAGGAUUUUGGGGAUCACAAGAUUUUCAAGGAGAAUGGAGGGGGGAUCUGUCGUCGCCAAUAAAGUAUAAAGAGGGGACUAUAGAGAAUUGACUGCCAAUUAGAAGUAUCGUCAGAAUAAUACGGGGGGUGGGGGAGGUGAUGGCAGGAUUUAGAGGAUCACCAGAUUUUUAGGGAGAAUGGAGGGGGGGAUCUGUCGUUGCCAAUAGAGUAUAAAGAGGGGACUAUAGAAAAUUGAAUGCCAAUAAGGGGUAUCAUCAGAAUAAUACAGAGCCUUGGGGGGGGGGGGGGGUUGGUUGCAGGAUUUUGGGGAUCACAAGAUUUUCAGGGAGAAUGGAGGGGGAUUUGUUGUCGCCAAUAUAAUAUAAAGAGGGGACUAUAGAGAAUUGGCUGCCAAUUAGAAGUAUCGUCAGAAUAAUACAGAGCUUUGCGGAGGGAGGGGUGGGGGAUCAAAUGAAUUUUAUUUUGACUCAACCAAAGUUUUCCAGCCACCCCACCAUACUAUGAAAUAUCACUUGACCCUCCUUCUACAUCGUUUAGCAGUAUUGUUUCCUUCAUUCCUUUAAUUUCAACAAAGGCAUGUUAUGGAAAAUGUGUCUAUUGUUUUGUGGCAGAGUUCUACCUCAUCCCACUUUUUGCUUCGUUGGUGCACAGUGAUUCAUAAUUGCAAUAAUUGAUUAUUUUGUAGUAAAGUUAUUCAGAAAACAUCCCAAAACAAGUUUAGUCUGCUGUUCAUAUGAGGGCCUAAAGAACACGUAACGGUUGGCCGGAAAUAGAGUGUUGCGUGAUGUGUAACACCACGGGUGGUUUAUCCUUUAUUCUCCACAAAAAGUAUAAACUGAAAUACAAAGUUCAGAGAAUUUUAAUAGAGAGCAGAAAACGACCCCUAAAAAACACGGACGUAAUUAUCAUGUGUAUCGGAAGAGAGUAUCGUUUUGUUGCAAAUUAAGAGCCUAUAACAGCCCAUAAUACUGCACAAUGUCAGUGCCACUGGGCAACAGUAGAAAUGAUGUCUUUAUUAUAGGCUCAUUGUUUUCCUGACGAUACUGAAAAAAGAAAAAACAGAGUGAUCGUUUAACCUUUUCACUCUUAAGAAUGACCAACAAGUAAUUUCUCCUAACAACAUCAACAAAUUUUCCGAUCGAAAAGUGAUGAGGAAUUCAACAUCCACCAGCGAAAACUGUCUGAUUUAACACGUGACUCUUUGAGCCGAAAUUUAAAGAAAGAUAUCACUAACGGGGAAGAAAAAAAGGACAUCGAGAUCUUGGGAGUGAAGAGGCCAAUUAAUAACAGAAGGAUGUGUUGUCAACUUCUAGUCAGUUUGCAAACCCAAAAAUCAUCAGAGGUUUGCAAUGGUUGAAAAUUAGCAAACAUAAAGAGUAAGAUGGACGGGAGCAGCAAUGAAACUGGGCGCACUUGAGUCAUUUCAUGGUGACGUUUUCCUUACCCCCCCGUUAUUUAUAUCACAGUCAGAGUUCAAGCCUACACUUCUCGGUCACUACUCAGUAUUGUCAGGCUUAUGUGAGGGUCUCGAUAGGGUUAACCGUUAGCCGUAAAAUGAACAAAGAAUUUAGCCAUUAAUGGUAAAAAGAAACAAAUUUUAAGUGUCAGUCGUAUAUAAGUUAACCGUAAAAAUUUUUCCUAUCUCCAAAGUGUCGUUAUGUGUAUUUCUGGGUUAACCGUUAGCAGUAAAAGCCUUUUCCCCAUUGAGACUCUCUCAAGACAGCUGCAGUAUUAAAGAUGAUUAACACGUUGCUUGUCAAUGAUCCAACUACAUUUUGCUCUCAAGUUUGUCUCCUUACCCCUCUUGUCUUACACAUUGUUUUUGCCGUGUACGACCCCAUUGCCCCGCCUCCAUUCAGUAUUACGACGAAAAGAUGGCUCAUUAUACCGUCCACGGUAAUUUGAUCGGAUUUUGCCUCUUCAAUAGUAUUUUUGAUAUAAUUUAACCACGAGAAGUAGUUGAGAACCGCAAAGAAUAAGAAAAAUCGGAUGGAGGUCUUUGAGGUACAAACGAUUACGCUUAAGUUGCGUGACCUGUGUGACCACGUCAAUUCAGCGGUAGUACUAAUAGAACUGUUUCGAUCCCAUAAAUCUUUGCUUAAAGUAAAACCAAAGCGAACUCAUCAAAAUUUGCUGUAGAAAAGACAUCUGCGAAAACUUUUGAGAGCGGAACAAAACGAUGGCAGAAGAAGAAAAUUGGCAGACGAAACUAUCAACUAUUGCCGAGAAAACCGCUUUCAUCUUCAACAAGGAGCUACUGAGCGAUGUAAAAUUUGUCGUUCCAAUGUCGACUGACGAAAGCGAAAGUAAGAAAGUGAUCCCAGCUCACAAGUUUGUGCUCGCAAUCAAUAGUCCUGUGUUCUUUGCCAUGUUCUAUGGUCAAAUGGCGGAGACUAAAGACUCUAUUGAACUGCCUGACUGUGAGUACGAGAGUCUGUUGGAGUUGUUUCGUUUCAUGUACAGCGACAUUGUGAAUUUAAGCGGAAGUAAUGUGAUACAAGUGCUGUACUUGGCGAACAAAUACAUGGUACCCUCGCUGGGCGAGAAAUGCACAGAAUAUCUCCGAGACAACCUGAAAGCAUCAAAUGUGUUUUGUAUUCUGCCGCAUGCGCAGAAAUUUGAAGAUAAAGACUUAGAAGAUCGAUGCUGGGAAGUGAUUGACGAGCAGACAGAAGAAGCUCUUACAUCGGACGAAUUUGUUUCAGUGGAGCGAUCUGUUGUCGAAUCUGUUGUGAAGAGAGAAGCGUUGAAUGUGACGGAAGUGGAAUUGUUCAAAGCUGUUGAUCGCUGGGUCACAAGAGAAUGUGAACGGCAAGGGAUAACUUCCGAUGGAGAGACAAAAAGACGAGUUCUUGGAGAAGAUAUUGUUAAUGGAAUACGUUUUCCGUUGAUUGAAGAGAAAGAUUUUGCAUCUGUCGUAUUGGACUCUCACCUCUUGAAUCAUGAAGAGUUAUGCAACAUGAUAAAACACUACAACAAUGUUUUGAAUAUUCCUUUACCGUUCGUACAAGCCCGUCGAGUUAUUUCCUGUAAGCAACGAUGUUAGAGGUUUAACGAGUUCGGCAAAGGCUGGAUUUACAGUGGCAUCAGCCUUGACGGUAUUCUUCUCUCCGUCAACAAGCCUAUCAAGUUACACGGAGUAGAACAUUUUGGUUCUGAGGGCGGUAAGUAUACAGUUAAGACAGACAUUGUUGAUCACAUGGGCAAUACUUUGCUUGUUAGUCGAGCAGGAAAUUAUGCUUCAGAAAAAAGCGAUACCCGCGCUUGUUACGGCUUUGAUGUGUUGUUCGAUCGUCCUGUUAUUUUGGAGGCAAAUAAAGAAUACAAGGUAAAGUCGCUCAUCAAGGGCCCCUUCGUCAUGGAGCGGCAAAAAUGGGCAAACACCAGUGGAGUGCCAGGGAGUGCAAUUUACGUUUCGUUGUUCGACGGAUAG